CUCCAACAGCGUUACUUUCCCCCACCAUCAUCGGUCUACAGUGCUGCGUGAGGCACAGCCAGGGCUUGCGCUGAGCUUUGAUGUUGCAGCCAACCGCCUCAAAAGUGUGACUGUGAUGAGGAGGCGCCCGGGGUUGGGAGGGGGCACCACCAUGUCAAUCACGAGGCGAGCAAACACCACUGCCAAACCGGCAAGUAGAGCCUCGCAAGAUGCUCAAACUAGAAGAAGAGAAGCUCAAGCUAACGUUUACCGCGACGCAAUGUUGGGGCCACAUCGGCUAGACACACAGAUCAGCCUCCUAAAUGCUUACGACACACCAGGCCCAAGGCAGCAGCGCUCCUCGCGACAAUGCGUCCGUGCAAUCACCAUCCGAUGAGUAAAAUCAAAACUUGAUCCGUCAUAUUAGGGAUUGUUGGUCCUGGCGGAGACGACUACCCCGAUGGGCCUUCAGUUGGUGAUGGCGUAAACCUUGUUCAAUAUGUGGCCUAUUUGACCGCAAAUCGCCCGACGGGUCCUGGUCGACAGGGUCGCCGCUCUUGCCAUCAGCCUCGUUUUCUAAAUCGGAAAGCCGUGCUGACGCCUUAGCAGCAUCCUGCGCCUGCGGGUUUAGCAGUUGCGGCUGCCCUGCAGCACAUCUGUCUGAACGACAACCGUGAUGAUCACCACGGCAAGCUGCAGCAAAGCGCAAGUGCGCUUCAGAUAAUCACCAAGUUUCGUGUUUCAACCCUGUUCGUGGCUUCUCGCGCUCGGUGAGGUUGCUUCUUGCCUUGCAAGGAGACAAUGAGUCGUGGCUUGCCUCGGCCACUAGCUCUUGCCACAGCCUGAUUUUGAACAGUGAGGAUAUUAUUAAAUGAAUCCCCGCAGCCUGCUUUGCCAUUCCGUUAUGAAAAUCCUUUCCAAACAUAUAGCCACGCUCGCAUUGAAUUUGUUAUUCUUUACCAACUUCAAUUAUCCGACUUACAUCUUAGUCAACACUGCUAGCUUCACUGCAUUUACGCCCCCAUUAUGAAGUAUUCCAUCGCCCUCGCGGCAGCUUCAGCUGCUGUUGCUACUGCACGCAAUGUUCCUCGCCAAAACGUAGACGGCAAAGAGAAAGUAUGCUACCCCGACUCAACUGGCACUGUUGCUCCUUGCCAAGAAAUCUACAAUAUCGAACAGGCUUGCCAGCCUAAUGGGACGGCCCCAAUUGACUACGAAGCCCAUGCGCAGUGUAUGUGCAAGGGUAGCUACUUUCAGGACUGGGCCGGCUGCCAAAAGUGUCUCAUGGUACAUGGCCUGCGCAGUGAACGCGAUAACAUCCAGUACAGCAAUGUCCUUAGUGUUGCUUCCAAGGCACUCUGCUCUGGCACUCCCACUGCCGCCUUUUCUUCCUACUUUGCGUCUGCGGAAAGCACUGUGCCAGUUGUGGCUACUGGAAACACUGCCAGCUCCGAUCAGUUUCCCGGCAAGACAGAAGUGAGCCUGUACUACACGCCGACUGUUUCCCAAGGACCUGGUGCAAUUACUGGCUCUGCCGCAUCUGCUACGCACAAGGCUACACCAACGGGAGAUGCAACAUCUCCUGCUUCCACCAAGAGCAAUGCUAAGAGCACAACUAAAUCCUUCAACGACGCCGAAGGCCCUGGCGCCACACAUACAUCCAGCAGUUCCACUAGCAAUGGGGCAGCCGCACCUACAAAUCAGGCUGGCAUGGCAAUGAUUAUUGCUGGUGCAGCCUUGAUGGCACUUUGAACUCGCUUAGGCAUAGUUUUAUGAUUACGGUUGUACGCAGUUUGAUGGACGAAAUAGAUGAUGGAAAAGCACGCUGUACGAUGCCGUUAGGGAAUACCUUUAAUGAAUUUACGUCAUUUCAAAUUCACUGUCACUAUGAAUUGAUUGAUGCUUCAUGUAUUCAUAUAUCAUAAACGACUCCAGUUUCGUCAACUAGUCCGCGUAAGGAUGGGAACUGUAUGUACUAUCGGUGUCUAUUCUGGCAUAUGGGUAAAUGGUUUGGCCAAGUGCUCUUGGCAGAAGGGAAGCUUUCCAACGGUCCAGAUUUCGGUAUCCUAUGCAGUGUUAAAACAAUACGCCAAAUACAGUCAACUUUCCAACAUUGCUACUUACAGGCUUGAGCUUAGCGCGCUGAUCGGCAUCCAGACAGCCGCCCUUGAGUGCAAUAAUUUCGGGAGCAGCAUCGGGGUCGUGUGCAAUGGGAGAGCCGCAGUCGGAGCAGAAGAGGCGAUGGACAGCCUUGCCCGAGGAACCGGUGCCACUCCACUUCUUGAUCGGGCCAUUGAUGGUAAGCUUCUCCUUGGGGACGACGACGACAAGAGCUAUAGUAGUAGAGACAGAGUCAUUAGCUACUGAUUUGAUUACGAUCGAAUUUUCGAUGCUAAAAGAGCUGGCAACUUUCAACAGCAGAUAAAGGACGUACAGUAUGUGGAGCCGCUCUGACGUUGGCAGUCGUCACAGUGGUCGUAGCCAGUGAGGAGGGGUUCCUCGACGUCAGCAGAGAAGGUGACGGCUUUGCAGAGACAGUGGCCAGAGAUGGGCAUUGUGGAAAUCGACUCGGUGGCUAAAGUGUGUGUAGAUGAUGUGUUGGCGGUCGUAAGAAACAAAAAGCAGAUUCUGCAGACUGGGCUGACGCCGCACGACGCUGGCUUUAUACACGGUGGGAAGCUCGGGGCAACUAGGCUUGUUUUCUCAGCAGCGCAAGUUAUCGUGUCAUCAUCUCAUCAUCAAGUCGCCCACCUGCCGCUCGCCAGUUAGCGGCAAGGUACACAAGAGCCGGCUGCACUGUAGCUUUUGCAUUGGUGGGGCUCAGGAUUUCACCCGUCAUUGACAAUGACGUGGGGGGGAGGUGAGGAGGCGGGCGACAUGGUGAUAUCUCGGCAUUUGAGAUUUCACUGUCUGCAGGCCAAUUUUUCCGCAUCGUAUUUGACCAAUUGAGACAUUCGUGUAAUAGUGCUCCUCCAGAAAAGUACAAGCUCGAUAACAACCAGCCCAAGAUGCGGCAUUCUGCUGUGGAGGGAUACAAAAGCCUGUGGCUGCAGCUAGGUACAUACCUUACCCCACCACCAGAUGCGCAAAGAUUAUUUGUCAUUCGUAGCCACCACAGAGUGAGCGCCGGGGUCGAUAACCCUAUGGCAACUCAGCAUCAGCUGCCAACCUGGUGGGUUUCAGGUCAUAUCGUGUUUGUGUAUUUGGAAUAUAAUAUCUCGGUCGUAGUCGGCAUCGGUCUCGGUCGGCGCGGAAUCGGAUAUCGGUAGUCGAAAUCACCAAACAAGGAAUGUGCCUCGUACAGCAGUCUUGACUGCGAAAAACAUACCAAUCUUCGCCAAUAGGAUACCUACUGGUAACAGCUCUGGUAUACCUAGGAAGAAGCGCUCCGUGAUCAAUUGCUGCAAGGUAGCCUGCCUAUACGACGUCUUCAGCGGUCGGCUAGCCUUUGAAAAGAAUACAUCCAUGGAUGAUGCCCUGUAUGGUCUUGUCUCGCAAUCUUUCUGCGGCAUUGGUGUGGUUUCAGCAGAGGUUAACGGUCGGCUAAUCCGUUCGGGCAGUCGGCGCAGUAGCUGUAUGGCUCGAAAGUAAACCGAUUCUAGAAACCAGUUGUUCGUCGAGUCGUUCGAUUCCAUCACGGUGAAGAGCUGUCCGAGCGUAGCAACAUCGUCUGUCCAGAUGGUCAAAUCUUGCUCGGCUUCCUCAAUGAUCGCUCUGCUGGUAUUGGUGUAUUGCACGAUACGGGAGUAAAAUGCCGGCGUCAAGACUUGAAGUUCGAUAAUGCGGGGGUCGACUUGGGCGGAGGUAGGCGACCGGUACGUCGUUGGAACAUAGUUUGUAAUACCAGAGGGCGUGUACUUGACAGCCAACGGUUCCUUCGAACUUUCGACAACGGACUGUAAGUAUUGCCGAAAGCACAGCUCCAAGUCAGCUUCAACAGACGUCGCAACUCUCCCGAGCGUCGUUUUCAGUGGUUCUGGUCUAUACCAAACAUGCAGACUCCGCUUGAAGAAGAGAGCGGCCGCUUCCUUGACGAUUCUAGGAAACGUGACAAACCCGAUCCAGCACCAGCUCAUGACAAAUUUUACAGUCUGCAAAGCUGACAACUCCCGCGCAUCAACUGGUGGCCCGUCACCAAACAACCGGGCGACAAGCUUUGAGUGUUCUUUGGACGAACUGAGUCGAAUAGUGACGUCGAGGCCGUGAAACUUGGUCAUAGAUGUGUUGAGUGGAUCUCUGGCAAGUAAGCUGUAUGAUCCUUUACGAGAAUUAAAGGGUGAGACAUGGAAGUCCUUGUCCCAUGAGCCUGUGAUCUGACUUCGCUCCAUUGCGGAAGAUUCUUCGUCGUCCUUCCCUCUGAACACAAUAUAGGGUCGGCGUUCGCCAAAUGUGUUGUUGACCUCCAAUACUAUGGCAUCGAGCUUCUUUUCCUCAGUAUAAAGAUACCAAAAGGAAACUGGAUUAAAAUGAUAGCCUAAGAACUUGGCCGCAGUGAUGAGAUAGGCGUGAGGGUACUUGGAGGGAUCAACAUCCUUCUAAUUGUUAGAUUAUUUUUCGUAUCAUUCCUGAUAGACAACCUACCUCGCUGCGAAGAAAUUCUUCAAGUUUCCCCCGUAGUCCACUACGGUUGGUCCCGCGGGCAAGAUAGUCUGUGCCAUCCACAGUAAACAGGGUAUAUGAGAGAGCCCUCUGGAGCCAGCUCCAUCCCAAGGAUGAGGUAUCGACAGAAAGUAGUGUGCUAGCUCUCCCCUUAAAUCCAACAGGUAUUCCAACCGUUAGAUAAGAGUAGGAGAAAGAAUGUUUCUUAGGGAAUAAACGAGUGUGCGUGGUCCGACUGGGAAUAAAGACCGGUGGCACAAAGGCGCGCAAAGGAUUGUCCUUCUUCGUAGCGGAAGAGACCAAGUUGGCUAUAAGCAACAACAGAAGCCCAGCCAACAGAGACGUCGCCGCUGUAUUCACCUGGGUGACAUAUUGGCGCACAAACAGAAGCGGUAGCUUUGGGUCAAGAAUGAGAGCAAACAGCAACGUAUCGAGCAAACUUCCCCAGAUAAUAACGUAGGUGCCUAUGAUAGCGGCAAGUCCAGCACCAUAAAGCCGGCAAUGGACCACACGGUCUAGAAAAUCAGCCCAUAGGCACACCUCAAUGGAAAUUGUAUUGACCAGCCCGUCCAUUGAUUACCGACGGCAAAGCGUUGCCAGGGGUUGUGGCUGCGCGCCCGAAGCAAAGGCUCCCAGGCAAGAAAGUCGUUGCAGCUGGAGAAUAGAGAGGAGGGGUCGACUUUGGAAGCAGUGGAAACAGUCUACAGUAGUCUUGUGAAUCAAAAG